UUAGUUCGCAUUUCAUCCAACACUUAACGGUCAUUUCUAAGCAUCUCUGAGAGAGAGAGAGAGAGAGAGAGAGAGAGAGAGCUGAAAGAGCAAUGGCGGAAGAGAAGGAAGUGAAGCUGCUGGAUUACUGGGCCAGCCCUUUCGGUGUCCGAACCAGGAUAGCAUUGGCGGAGAAGGGGGUGGAGUACGAUUACAAGGAGGAGAAUCUAUCGGAGAAGAGCGAGCUCCUGCUGAAAUCGAAUCCAGUGCACAAGAAGAUCCCCGUUCUGAUCCACCACGGCAAACCUAUCUGCGAGUCGCUCAUCAUAGUUCAGUACAUUGACGAAGCUUUCCCCAGUAAAACCCCUAUCCUCCCCUCCGAUUCCUACGCCCGCGCCCUUGCCCGCUUCUGGGCUGACUUUAUUGACAAGAAGUUCUAUCCAGGUAUGAUUCGCAUCGGGAAGCUGAAGAAGGGCGAGGAGUUUGAGGAGACGAAGAAGGAGAUCUUAGAGAACCUGAGGACACUUGAGGUGGAGCUCGGAGAGAAGAAAUACUUCGGCGGGGAGGUCUUCGGGUUCGUCGACAUCGCACUCGUUCCCUUCACCUCAUGGUUCUACUGUUUCAAGGUCUUUGCCGAUUUGAGCGUGGAGCAGGAAUGCCCCAAGCUUGCGGCGUGGGAAAAGCGCUGUCUGGAGCGGGAGAGCGUCGCCAAGUCUCUGUCUGAUCCAAAGAAGGUGUUUGAUAUGGUCAGCUCGCGAAGGAAGAAUCGUGGCUUUGAAUAGAAUACAAAUAUGGAGGAGACGAACAUCUUGAUCAAGUUGAAUAAAUUUGUUGCCACUUGCCAUCAGCAGGUUACUGUUGGCUUUUUGCCUGUUGACCCC